AUGAAAGCGGCACAAUUCUUUGGUCGGGCCGACAUUCGCGUCGUCGACGUGCCGAAGCCAGAAGCAAGAGAAAAUGAAGCCGUAGUAGCAGUCGAGUGGUGUGGCAUAUGUGGUAGCGACCUUAGCGAGUAUCAGAAAGGUCCACUUGCUGUACCACCACCAGAGCGUCCUAAUUCGGCAACUGGAGAAGUUCUACCGGUAACCAUGGGCCACGAGUUCGCGGGCCGUAUCGUGAGCGCGCCCGCGGGAUCAGGGCUCGAGCCUGGUGGCGGCUUUUCCGAAUUUGUCACUGUCGACGCGAAGCUCUGCUACCCGCUCCCACACGAUGUUGACUUGAGUCUGGCAGCACUCAUUGAGCCUCUGGCCGUAGCGUAG